AUAAUAAUAAUUAGCAUAUCUAUGGAAGAGCAAGUGGGGCUUUGGAGAAAAGGUCCAUGGACUGCUGAAGAAGAUCGUUUGCUUAUUAAACAUGUCAAGGUGCAUGGUGAAGGCAGAUGGAAUUCUGUGGCUAGACUUGCUGGGCUGAAAAGGAAUGCAAAAAGUUGUAGGUUAAGGUGGGUGAACUAUCUUAGGCCAGACCUAAAAAGGGGCAAAAUUACACCUCAUGAAGAAAGAAUUAUACUUGACCUACAUGCGCGAUGGGGAAAUAGGUGGUCCACAAUUGCAAGAAGCUUACCCGGACGAACAGAUAACGAGAUCAAGAAUUACUGGAGAACCCAUUUCAAUAAUAAAGGGAAAACGUGCUUAGAGGAUUCGAUAAAGCUAAAAGCGCGCCUUUUGAAACGACAACAAUUUCAUCAAGAACAACAAAAGCAACUUCAAUUACAAAAGAAUGAUGAAGACAUGAAAAAGUUAAUGUUACUAUUAGAGGAAAGUGAAAAUAACAAACUAGUUUGGCCACAACAAGAUAUGGUUCCUCAGGAGAUACAAAACCUUUUUUACCCGACAAUGUUUGUAGACGAUUCUGAUCAUCAACAGGCGAACACCGGGAACUCGAUGAACGAGGAUUUUGUUUUGUGGGAUGGCUUAUGGAACUUAGAGAAUGUUGUUCUUGAUGUCACAACUAAAGGUUGUGUCCGUGGUUUAGACAUGGCUGCUAUGUCUUACUAUUGA